AGAAAUAAAUCAGAAUGAGUUAUGCAGAAAAACCCGAUGAAAUAACGAAAGAUGAAUGGAUGGAAAAGCUCAAUAACUUACAUGUUCAACGAGCAGACAUGAAUCGUCUCAUCAUGAACUACCUAGUCACAGAGGGUUUCAAGGAAGCAGCAGAGAAGUUUCGAAUGGAAUCUGGGAUUGAACCAAGUGUGGAUUUAGAAACCCUUGAUGAACGAAUUAAGAUUCGGGAGAUGAUUCUGAAGGGUCAGAUUCAGGAGGCCAUCGCCCUGAUCAACAGCCUCCACCCAGAGCUCUUGGACACAAACCGGUAUCUUUAUUUUCAUCUUCAGCAACAGCAUUUGAUCGAGCUGAUCCGCCAGCGGGAGACUGAAGCAGCGCUGGAGUUCGCCCAGACGCAGCUGGCAGAGCAGGGCGAGGAAAGCAGAGAGUGCCUCACAGAGAUGGAGCGCACGCUGGCCCUGCUGGCCUUUGAUAGCCCUGAGGAGUCACCCUUUGGAGACCUCCUUCACAUGAUGCAGAGGCAAAAGGUAUGGAGCGAAGUGAACCAAGCUGUUCUAGAUUAUGAAAACCGUGAGUCCACACCUAAGCUGGCAAAAUUACUGAAACUGCUGCUUUGGGCUCAGAAUGAGUUGGACCAGAAGAAAGUAAAAUAUCCCAAAAUGACAGACCUCAGCAAAGGUGUGAUUGAGGAACCCAAGUAGAGCCUGUGCAUGGACCCCAGCAGUCUCCGGCACCGGAUCCGCCUUCUGGGGCCACACCUGACAGAUGCUCACUGCAGUAGAGAACCUCUCUCCCCUUGUGCUUCAUUUUGUUUUUGACCCAGCAUCUUUUAGAAGGGGGAAAGCAGCCCUUUUAAAUGCUGGCAAACCCACGGCGAAGGACACUGGCUCUUUGGAAGUGUGACGCCGUCGGUGCACUGACACACCCUGAGGAGUUCCACACGCCGCCCUUGCUGUUGUAGUGUGCCUGGUGUUUCUGGUGUUUCUGCUCACUAUGGAAUGCUGCACUGUUCGGGAACGUCCGUCAGACUUAAGGCCUCCCACCCAAAGCAUAUGAAAAGCACUGAUCAAUCUUUUGCUUUCUGUUAGCUUGUAGACAGACUGUGUUUUCUUAAAUCUCUCUAAGACAUGUCAAGCAUUCAUCUUGAAGUUUUUCCUUACCCUCUUGCUUUUGUUUUGUGUCCUCCCCCUCCCCUUUUUUUUUCCUAUAGGAAAGAAUAUAAAUUUGUAAAUCCUAAUUCAAAGACAACUUGUGUGUGCAGGUAUUGAGUUGGUUUGUUCGUGCCUUUUGGUUUGGAUUGUAUGGCUUUGGGGGCAAUGUGUGUAUGAGGGGCAGGCUGUGUGGUUUUGUUUUUUAAAUACAUAUUUUGGUGCUGUCUGUGAUGAGAAUAUUCAUAGCAGACCAGUGGGCCAUCUCUUACAGGUAAUUUUAUUGAAAAUAAAGAUUUCUCUUUGAUUCUAA